AUGAGCGAACUCAAGCAACGCAAGACUGCGCCGCAGUCCGCCGAGCGCCCGAAAGAGCAGAAUGGAAACACAACACCUACGGCGGGAGAUCAUCCCCUCGGCGCCCCUAAGCAUGGCGGAGCAAUGCAACUGCUACGCAUCGUCGGCUUUGGCAUCUACUUCUUUGGUUGCUGCUUCUGCAUCCGAGGCGCGCAGACGCUGGGAUACCCUCUCUACUUCUUCAGCCAGGACUGGUUCUACGCCUGGCGGGCCUUGACCAAGCAGUUCUUCGGUCUCCUCAUCACGAACAUGACGCAGUUGUGGAGUCCUACAGUCGUGCGCGUCAGCGGGGACAAGAGUGUGGCAGGUCUACUCAAACAAGACGAAAGCGGCAUGCUAUCCGUAGAUUUCGGAGAGCGCGCGGUCUUGAUGGCAAAUCACCAGCUGUAUACAGACUGGCUAUACCUAUGGUGGAUUGCGUAUACGAAUGUCAUACCCAUGCAUGGACACAUCUACAUCAUCCUCAAAGACUCCCUCAAGUGGGUCCCCCUCAUAGGUCCCGGGAUGCAAUACUUCGGCUUCAUCUUCAUGUCCCGAAAGUGGGCCAACGACCAAGGAAGCAUGCGCUACAGACUGCAAAAGCUCAAAACCCGCCAUUCGGGCCCCAUGUCCGGACAACGGGGCGCCCAACAAUUAGAUCCCAUGUGGCUCCUCAUCUUCCCCGAAGGCACGAAUCUCUCCGCAAACACACGCCGGGAAUCCGCCAAAUUCGCCGAGAAAUCCCAUCAAAAGGACAUGCGCCAUCUGGUCUUACCGCGGAGCACGGGCCUUCAGUUCUGCCUGCAGGAGUUGGACGAUACGGUCGAAUACCUCUACGACUGCACGAUCGGCUACGAAGGCGUUCCCCCGAGCGGGUACGGGGCGGAGCUCUUCACGCUGCGCUCCGUCUACUUCCAAGGCCGACCGCCCAAGAGCGUAAACAUGCACUGGCGUCGCUUUAGAAUCAAAGACCUCCCCCUCGACGACAAGGAGAAAAUGUACGAGUGGAUCGUCGCCCGAUGGCGGGAAAAGGACGAAUUGCUGGACAGUUUCAUGAAGACGGGGAAAUUCCCGGCCGAUAAGUCCGCGGUCGAGAUCGAAGGGGGUCCGACGGAUUCCUUCAAGACUCCCUACGUCAACACCGAAGUCCGACCCAGGGCACCUUGGGAGAUUUUCCAGAUCUUCGCCCCGGUGGCUGCUGCUACGAUGGUCGGGAGGGUUCUGGUGCAGUUGUCGGAUCGUAUCUUCCCGGCGGGGGGAUAG